ACUUUAACCGAUCUCUUCCUUGCUUUUGCUUCAACAAUUUUACAGCAAAAAUACACACGAAUACGAAUAAAAAUUCCCACAUCACAUUUUACUUUUACCAUUUAUAUAUUCAAUGAUUUGCGCUGAUAUUGCUUUAGUAGUCGAUUAAAUUUUUACUAAACAACAACUUUGGUUUUUCUGUAUCAUCAUCGUCGUUCCGUUCGCGUAUCGUGUCACACUCGCGGUCUCACGGUUACACAAGUUGAGUGCGGUUGGUUCAUGCUGUGUGUUUUUUUUUUGCUAUCCAAUCCAAAAAUCCUACUCUCGAAGAAAAUAAAAGAAAAACCUAAAAUUUUUAUUUUAUAAAUGUUUGAAUAAAUAAAUCAAUUUUUAAAUUUUAACUUCAAAAAUAAUUCACAAAAAAAUAAAAAUAAAAUGUACAAAAAUACAAUCCUAAUAAUUUUCAGUAUGCUUUUAUGCACGCGAACAGUCUUUUCCCAAUGGGAUUUUGCAGUUGCAACCAAGGGACAAAUAAUUUUCUACGAUGAAACAUGGGCUGUUCUGGAGUCGGCCGCUCAUCAGUUCAAUUCUAUGUCAGCUAUAACAUUUGACGAAGUUAAAGAACGCAUUUACUUCAAUGAUCACCAGCACAAUAAUGGCAGUAUAUUCUCACUAAAGCUGCCUCUAGGCAAAGGCAAUCCUCAUAUUAUUGAAAAUGUCUUAACAAGAACACCCAACGAAUCCAUAUCCGGCUUGGCCUACGAUCCGUUGGAAGAGAACCUCUAUUGGACAGAUAGUGGCAAUAAGAAGAUUUUCUACUAUCCAGUGAAUGCGCCUGAAGGCACUGAACCGAAAGUCCUUUUUAAUUUCAAUAAAAGUUCUACUAUCCCAGAUGGCAUUGCCAUCGAUGUAUGUCGACGCAAACUAUACUGGACCAAUUCGAAUAAUUCAGAGCCAAGUAUUCAUGUGGCGUCAUUGAAUGGUGAAGAUGAAAAGACCAUUGUCAACACUGGUCUGUACUUCCCUCAUGGUAUUGUUGUGGAUCAAUUGACUGAUCGAAUUUAUUAUGUGGUCGAUCAGAUGGGUGUGUUCUUUACAAUUGAAAGUUGUAAUUUAGAUGGAUCAGAUCGAGAAGUCGUCUAUAAGGGCACUAACAAUGUUCCAAUCAGUUUGACUGUGACCAAAGAUGCCAUUUAUUGGACAGAUGGUAUACACAAAGCAAUUUGGACUGUACCGAAACUAAAUGCUACCAAUGUGCGCCCGGUUAAGGUCAAAAGUAACUAUAUCGAUGUAAGAGGAAUUGUUUCUAGAGUUGGAUUAAUUUCUAAGCUCCGAACAGAUAAAGAUUGCAGGGAAGUUGUGAAGAAGUUGGAAAAAAAUCUCUUCCCUCUAGACAACUACACUACCAAGAAACAUGAAGAAAAUCAUGAUAAAAUUUGCCUCAGCAACGGUUAUUAUAGUAAAGUUAGUGAAGCUUGUGCGUGUAAGGCUGGUUUUAGUGGAGCACGAUGUGAAACCUAUGAAUGUCAUAAUUAUUGUGUUCAUGGAACAUGUGAAAUUUCUGAUGGAUUCCCAAAGUGUACGUGUCAAAUUGGUUUCACUGGAGAACGCUGUCAAACUUCGAAAUGUAGUAACUAUUGUAUGAACGGUGGUGUUUGUAAAAUUGAUGAGGAAGAACCCACAUGUGAAUGUCCGAAUGAAUUUAUUGGACGACAAUGUUCGGUAAAUGCAACGGAAGAGUGUGUACCAUUUUGUUUGCUUAUGCAAAAGGACAUCGAUGUUAAUGUGCCGCGACAUUGUUAUAAAAUUUGUAAAAACCUCCAUCCAGAAGAUUUAGUUAUUCAAAAUCUUAAGAGGCCAGAUGAAGUCUGUCGAGGAACAUGGAAUAAAUCUAUCAUAGUUCUAGUUUGUGGUGCCCUUGGUGGCUUAGUCCUCAUCUAUGUCAUAAUUCAAGCAAUUCGCCGCAUCUAUAAACCAGCAAGGCCAAGAAUAAAGAAGACCUUUGUUGUACAAAAGAAAGUCUCACAGACACCAUUAACGUGUCGACCCAUAGCCACCGAACAAUGUGAGAUUACGAUAGAAAAUUGUUGUAAUAUGAAUAUUUGCGAUACCCCCUGCUUCGAUACAAAACUGUUGCAACAAAAUAUGUCUAAACAAUCAAAUAAAAAAGAAGACAAAGAAAUUCUUAUUAACAAUAUGGAAGAUGAACUAUAUUAAGAAAUAGAAAACAAAGAAAAAACAAUAUCCUAAGCCAAGCAAAUACAUAAAUAUAAGUUUUAUAUUUAUUCCAAUGCAAAAGCUGAAAAAUUAAUAAGAAAAAAACAACAGAAUAGAAAUCGAGGCCUUAUCUUACAACCAAAUAACAAAAAAAGAAAAAAGAAAACUAACUUAAUUUUUUAUUAUUUUUGUUUUAAAAAAAUGGCUUUCAAUGAAAGUUUUUAUUCGCAAGAAGGAAAGUAAAAUAUCGUUUUCAUAUAUUAUUUUUUUAUAAUUUUUUAAGUCUUUGUUGCGAUAUAUAGUAUCAUUUAUUAGUUAUUUAAGAAAAAAACAAGAAACAAAUAUUUAUUUACAAAAUUAAAUACAUACAAAUCAAAUAUUUUAUUUUUGUUAUAUAAUGUCGUUUGAACUUCGAAGAUACGGCUAAGGAUAGCUUGUAAAACAUGCAAUAAUACACAUUGAAAGUGACCAAAGCAAUAAUACAUUAUGAAGCUAUUAUAACUUAAUUGGCAAAAAACUUAAAACAAAAUUGUAUACAAAAUUGUAACUAAAAAAAACAUUAAUUGAAAAAAUAACACAUAAAUUGAUUUCGCCAUUAAACUAAAGUCAUUUUAAAAAGGCAUUGAUUUCUUUUUGUUUGGUUCGAAACUUUUUUAUGGAGGAAUGUCGUGUAUAUAGAAUUAAAAGAAAUAAAUUCAAGGCUUAACAUUGCGCUCUUGAAACUUUUCAUGAACAAAUCGAGUGAUAAGUCACUGCUUGGUAAACCAUAAAAUCUCUUCUAUUGUCAUUUCUCUGAAAUUCUGAAUGAAACUCUGCAAGACUCGAAAGAAUGAGGCAAAGAUAUAAGACCACGAGGGUUCUAAGAGCAAGUUUUCAGUGGUAAUAUAACUCAAUGUAGCAUCUUAUCACAAAACCUAGACUCAUAAAAGUUGGCUAUAUAACUUCUAUCCGGCAUUAAAAGACGGCUUUAGUCUUAGUUUCACUGCGAGAUGAACUUACUCUGGAUGAGUUGAACUAUAGCUUUUGAUAUUUUAUCCUCCAUGUUUUCAGACUCUUUCACAUGUCUCAUUCCUUCAAAAAUGCUCCUUUGCUCUUAACCUUGAGGUAAGAACUUUUUGUCUUAAAAGACCAGACGUUCCACGGUCGAGCAUAGAGCCAGAGCACGUGGUGCAAGAACCAUAAUUGUCUGCAGACCGAUUCGAGUUUUGAGCUUUAUUCCAACAUCUAAGUGGAGUUUGUACUUUUAUUGCGGGUAUCCAGAGUCAACAUCAAUAAAAAAUUAUCAAUUCUGUAUUUAUAAUUUUUCCCCUUUUUGUAAAAUCCGAUUGGAAUAGUUUUUACAUUCUGACGUUUUGCAAUGGCAAAUAUUUUCUUGAUACUGUCUCUAAAACAAUCGAAAUCAAAUUUGAGGAGUCUUCAACUUGAAGCUUAAGUGUUUUCCUAGGCUUUCAUCAAACUUCUUAAAAAGUUUGGGAAGGAUUUUGACUUAAGUCAAAAGGUGAUGAAAUCGGAUAGUGAUGUAAUCCGAACUUUAAAAUGAACUCGAUUUUUCAGGAGUAAGUUUUUAAAGUUUUAAGAUAAGUGCUUGACUUCAACUGGGUUAGUUAAUGAAGUAUGAUUUCUGUGACAAAUUGAAGAAUGUGUAAUCCUAAUUGAUCGAACUUUAUGCCAACAUUUAUUUCUUUUUUAUUUAAAUAGAAAGGAUUUAACUCUCUUUAUAUAAUUUGUACAUUCUUAAUAAACAACAAAUGGUUAAAUUUUAAACAUAUCAAAAUUUAAGCUAUUCAAUGCAUACAUUUAUGUACUUAUUUUGGCUUUUUAAUGGCACUAUUAAUAUAUUUGGAGAAUAUUUGUAUAUUUUGGGUUCACAAUAAGACAUAAAUAAAAAAAAAUAAUUGCAGCUUCUUAGUUUGUAUUUUUUUUAAUUCUAGUUAUUUUUUAUUUUAAUUUACUAAUUACAAUGUAAAAGUUCCUUUUCUUUGCUUUUUGUCUUCAAAUUUGUAAGCUAGAAUUAAAAUUAUUUAGUUUUAAGUCCAUUGCGCACUGUUUUUUUUUUUUAUUUAACACAACGAAACCAAAUAAAACGAAUUUAAGUUAAAUUUGUAAAUUCUUUUUGGUUUAAAAUUGUUAUUUUAAAAGAAAGAAAAAAAAAAUAAAAAAAAAGUUCAUCAUGAUUAAAUAUCACAAUUAAAAUCAUUUUCUUGAGAAGAGAAUAUUAAACAAUUACAAGUAACAACGACAACUGCCAUUAUUAUUGAUUUUGGUUUUUAAAAAUUUUAAUUUUGUUUUCCUCAUU